AUGCUUUCCUUUCUAAGUCCAGCUAGAUUGGGCCCAGGCACGAGACCUUGGAAGCCAUGGAUGAUCCUUCUCAUUGUUCUGGCAGUGUCGCUGGUGGUGGCUCUAGUGAUCGGGCUUCUGGUUUAUUUUUUGGUGUAUGUUCAGAAGCCACACUAUUAUGAAGUCACUUUCAAAAUCCCAAGCAUCAGUCACAGCGGUGAAUUGCAAGAAGAAAACUCCCAAGCUGUUAGAGAUCUGAAGCUAAGGAUCACAGAUCGGGUCGAUAAAGCGUUGCAGGAGUCGAAUGUGAACGCGCACUACCUCAAUUCACACUUGGUGAGACUGAGGCCAAGCGGUGGCGGUGUGAAAGCAGACGUGUUGCUGAAAUUUCAGUUCGUCUCCGCUGACAAUGAAGCUGCAGUAAAGAAGAGAGCCGAAAACAUUCUAAAUCAGAAGCUGCAGGCGGGCCCUCAUUUCUUGGAAAUAGACUUUGAAUCACCUUACUUUAGAGACUGCGGGAUCCGCAUGGACAGCACCUCGCUGACCGACCGGAUCGUCGUGGGCGGGACCGCGGCCAAGGAGGGCGACUGGCCCUGGCAGGCCAGCCUGCAGCUGAACGACAACCACCUCUGUGGGGCCUCCCUGCUCAGCGACACCUGGCUGGUCACUGCCGCCCACUGCUUCGACAAUAAUAGAAACCCACGCCAGUGGUCGGUCAGUUUCGGGACCACCCUCAGGCCGGCCAAGAUGAAAAGAAGAGUGAAGCUGAUUAUCAUCCAUGAGAGUUACAGGACCUACAGCCACGAGCAUGACAUCGCCAUGCUGCAGCUCUCUCUGCCCGUCACCUUCAGCAGCGACGUCCACCGGGUCUGCCUCCCGGAAGCCUCUUACCACAUCCCGUCCGGCUCCACCGUCUUCGUCUCGGGUUGGGGAACUUUCAACACCAACGGACACAUGCCAAAUCGUCUGCGCCAGGCCAGGGUGAAAACGAUAGACAGGGAGGUGUGCAAUAGGCCGGAGGUGUACGGCGGGGCCAUAUCGUCGGGAAUGCUGUGUGCUGGAUUCCUGUCUGGGAAGAUCGACGCCUGCAAGGGGGACUCCGGAGGGCCACUGGUGCUGCAGGACAUCCGAGACGUCUGGUACCUGGUGGGGAUCGUCAGCUGGGGGAUCGACUGCGGCAAGGAGAACAAGCCUGGAGUUUACACUCGCCUGACGGUUUAUCGGAACUGGAUCGCCUCCAAAACUGGCUUAUAG